AUCUCAACCAAUUCUCUAAGCGAUUAGUCAAUUUCCUCUUGUUCUAUAUAGUACACUCUUGUUCUAGCUCAAGCUAGCUACCACAUUUUACAUAACAAUGACUACAUUUGAUGGAAAGCUUGAGGUUGAAGUUGAGGUGAAGUCUCCUGCACAAAAGUUUUGGGAAGCCCUUAGGGACUCCACCACUGUCUUCCCCAAGGCAUUCCCUCAGGACUACAAAAGCAUCGAUGUCCUCGAAGGCGAUGGCAAAGCUGUCGGAUCCGUUCGCCUUAUUACAUAUGCUGACGAUUCUGCACUUGUGAAAGUAUCAAAGGAGACGAUCGAUGCAGUGGAUGAAGUCGGAAAGGCGUUUGCUUAUAAGGUGAUCGGCGGAGAUCUGCUCAAGUACUACACGAGCUUCAAGUGCGUCCUAACCGUGACUCCCAAGGGAGACGGGAGCUUGGUGAAAUGGUCAUCGGUGUAUGAGAAAGCACACGAACAGGUUCCCGAACCAAGCAUCAUCAAGGAUUUUGCUGUCAAGAACUUCCAGGAGCUCGAUGCCUAUGUUCUGGCUAAUUAAUUAAUUACAAGCUUAAUUGAGCUGGCUUUGGAGAUCAUUGGAGUUUUCCCUUAAUAUUUAAUGGCCGAAUAAAUAAGAUGAGUCGAAGUUGUAUGGAUGCUAAUGCACAAAGCAGGUUUUAUCUGAACCCUAAUUUGUAAGCAGCUUGUGCACCCUAUAAUAUUUAAGGUUUUGAUCUUUUACUUUUA